AUGCCCUCACAACCCAAUGAUCCACAUCCCACCAAUGACCCCUCACAUGAGGAACCAUCUGACAAUCAGGCUGAAAUGAUUCUGGCACCUGCAGAACAUCAAAGAAUCACCAAAUCUGAUUCCAACUCCUCCAAUGACUCCAACAGCAAUGACAGCAAACUAAGUGAACCCCUGCUUGACCUCAAUGACAUCAACAAGAUGAAUAUUAACACCCUCUGGACUAUCAUCACACAAUCCACCCUAUGCAAACAAGCCAAGACCUCUUCAUACAAGCUACCUUCCAAAUGCUGA